AAUUGUUCUAUUGAUAAUUUAAAAUGUGUAUAAGAAAAGUAUAUAGUGAAAGUGAUGUGUCAAACGAAAGUUUUGAAGAGUUUGAACCAAGAUUUCCUAGUUACCGAUUUGAGUUCGAAGUUGCUAAAUCAGUUGACACUUCAAAUAAAAAUGCUGAUGUGGAUGAUCAAGAUAUACGUGAGGGUGUUGAACCAGACAACGCUUUGAAUAAAGAAAGUGGUGGAUACGAUCAAGAUAUACUGAGUAUUUCGACAAAAUAUAUUCAAGAUUUAUUCCAGUUUUUCAAGAAGAUAAAUCAAAUGUUUAUACAAUCUUACGUUUACAAAAUUCUAUUAUACAAAACUCAGCCAGCUCAUUUAAUAACAACCCUAUUUGUGAUUAUCGCAGCUUAUAUAAUGAUGUCGGAAAAAGCUCAUCCCAAAACAUCUCCAAUAUGGAAUUUAGUUUAUCUGGGAACGUUCAGUGCGCAUUUUGGUGCCCAGAUCUGGAUGACGUUCAUCUCUGGCUUAGCUUUGUUCUUCUCAUUGUCCAGGCAUACCUUUGGAAGUGUUCAGCAAGUAUUGUUCCCAAAAUACUUUUACUUCAACUCCAUACUUAGCUUCAUCACAUUCGUGGCGUUUAUAAAGUUCAACAAUGGCACAAUAAUGAGAUCUUGGGAGGUUUUAAUACAAGCUACAUCCAUUACACUGUGUUUGCUUGUGGAGCUGACUGUAGGAUUAUACUUAACUUCUCCUCUUCUGGGUUUAUUAAGAAUCAAAAUUGGAAUGGAAAAAGAAGCUGGAGUUGGGCUGGAGGUUGGAAGAUAUGAAUUGGGAGCCUUGAAAGAUUGUCCUCAUUAUAUGAAGAUCCACAAAAAGUUCAGAAAAGUCCACAUGACGAUAGCUAUUCUGAACUUGAUCGCAAUGGCUUGUAACACUUUACAUUUAUAUUAUUUAUCACAAAAAAUAUGUUUUUGUUAA